AUGUCACGCCCUCUACCAUUGGCUGGGGGUCACGUGGUGUCGGAAAGCAAACGAAGACAUACCUCUUCCACUGUCGAGCCUCGCUCUGAUAUCGCGCGUCUGGUCCUGAGCGUUUCGGAUAAAACGGGCAGAAAACCCCCGACAUGGUGUAGGAGGAUAUCGGGGCGAAAUCGCGACGCGACGGCAGCGAAGACGCGCCGCAGGAGGAGCGACAAACAACAACAAGGCCCUGGGCCGAGGCACAGGAGAGCCAUUCAGAAGAGCCGGGGUUCAAAGGUCAGGAGAGCCGAGGGCACCAUGGAGAGUGAGCCAGCUGCCCCCCCCUCCAUGGCCGGCACCGGCGGACCGCCCCCCCCAGCACCAGCCCCACCACCGCCCCCGUCCGCCGCCUCCAGCACCACCACCACCGCCGCCGCCGCCGCCUCCAGCAGCGGUGGCACUGGGAGUACUGGGGCUGGCGCGGGCCACGCCUGCACCACCAGCGGCAGCACCAGUGUCCUCCCCAGUAGCACCAGUACCAGACAGGCCGUGCCUCAGAUCUCCGUCUACAGCGGGAUCUCAGACCGCCAGACUGUUCAGGUGAUCCAGCAGGCGUUGCACCGGCAGCCCAACACCGCUGCCCAGUACCUGCAGCAGAUGUACGCCGCGCAGCAGCAGCACCUGAUGCACAGCCUGAGCACCGCCCAGCUGCAGAGCCUACAGGCCAGUAUGGCGGUUGGCAGGCAGGGUUCCUCCCAGAACGGCACCUCGUCCCAGCAGGGGGCCUCCUCCCAGACCACGAUCAACCUCACCACGUCGUCUGGCGCCGCCCAGCUCAUCAGCCGCGCCCAGAGUGUAAGCUCCGCCCCCACCAGUAUUUCCCAGCAGGCCGUGCUGCUCGGGAGCCCGUCCAACCCCACCACCCUCACCGCCAGCCAGGCACAGAUGUACCUGCGGGCUCAGAUGCAGGUUGCCAGGAGCCUGGGCCGAGCUGUCCCCCUGUCGUCUCAGCUCAUCUUCACACCCACUGCCACGGUAACGGCUGUCCAAUCAGAGAGCUCCGCGCAGUCCUGCCAGAACCAGGUCCAGAACCAGGUCCAGAACCUGGCCAUGCGGGGCCAGCAGGGGGCCUCCAUGGGCCCUCAGGCCCUCAGCCUGAAGCAGGGCCCGGUGCCCAUCCAGCCGGCCUCCAUGAUCCGCAACCCCUGUCCCCAGGGCGCCGCCGCGGGGGCGGGGCUUGUGGGGAAGGGGGCGGGGCUCGCGGACGGCCCUCCGGAGGCGGGGAAGAAGGCGGAGCCGGAGGUGCGCGCCAUCAACAUGAGCCGCAACAACAACAACGUGACGGCCGCGCCGCCGCUCAUCGCCCCGGCCUACACCCAGAUCGGGCCCCACUCUCUGGUCACCCAGCACAAACAGCAGCACCACCACCAGCACCACCAGUUUGUGAUGCAGCAGAGCGCCCAGUCCUCCCAGCGGGCCCAGGGCCAGCUGCUGCAGACGGCCUCCAUCCAGCCCUGCCCGCACCCCGUCCCCGUGCUGCCCAAGCCGGGGCCCCACCCGCCCGCCGGGCCCCACCAGGCCACCAUCUUCCACUCCACCAUCAACCCCCAGGCCCUGCACGCGUCCCUGGGCCACGCCAAGGCCCAGCCCGUGCAGCUCACCGCCAUCAACCUGCAGAUCCAGCCCACGCAUCAACAGCAGCAGCAACCACCACCGCACGUAGCUCCACCACCACCGCCUCCACCUCCACCUCCACCUCCACCCCAGCCCAGCAAGCCCGUAGAACCGCAGCCCAAGGCCAGCCUGCCCGCGCCCCCGGCUGGGCCCACGCAAGCAGAAGGGGUUUCGGACAAGAAGCCGCGGACUCCCCCUCCCCCGGCCGCUCCUCAGCCCGCUCCCCCGGCCAUGACCUCGGGCCACGGGGACGAGUCUCCCGCAGUGACGGCCAGCGCGCCGCACAACGGGGAGAACAAGCCGCCCCAGGCCAUCGUUAAGCCGCAGGUGCUCACGCAUGUCAUCGAGGGCUUCGUGAUCCAGGAGGGAGCCGAGCCGUUCCCCGUGUGUGUGGAGCGUCUCCCCGUCCUGAUCCACAGCCCCAGGAAGUCGGACCACCAGCUAUCGGACGACCCGGACAAGACCCCCGCCAGCCACGCCGCCAACACGGACUCCGAGCCCGAUGACCUGAUCCAGCACGAUAAGGAGGAGGAGGACGAGCCCAAGCUGACCUGUGAGUACUGCGGCUGGGUCGACUUCGCCUACAAGUUCAAGGGCUCCAAGAGGUUCUGCUCCGUGGUGUGUGCCAAGAGGUACAACGUGGGCUGCUCCAAGAGGAUGGGGCUCUUUCGGCCGGAGAGGAGUAAACCCACCAACCACUGGCGCAAGAGGACCCAGGCCCGGCCCGCCAGCGAGGCCAAGAAACGGAAGUCCCCCCCGUCCCCCCACCAGACGCAGGGCGGCUCGGUGUCGUCCCCCCACGCGUCGCAGCCCAGCCAGGACGGCUCCACGCCCUGCUCCGACAUGUCGAGCUACGAGGAGCCCCCGUCCCCGCUGUCGGCCGCCAGCUCCGGACCCCCGCCCCCGGCCCCCGCCAACGGGCCCCCACCGGCGGCCCCGCCCGCCGCCGCCGCCACCUCCGCCCGCGUCCUCCGUCAGUCCGGCCGGGGGUCGGACCCCGAGGUCCUCGAGGCCCGGGACCUGGACCACCACCGCGGCGGCGGCGGCGGCGGCGGCGGUGGCGGCGGCGGCGGCGGCGGCGCGUCCCCCCGCCACUUCCUGCCCUGCGACCCCACCAAGUGGAACGUGGAGGAGGUGUCCGAGUUCAUCCGCUCCCUGCCCGGCUGCCAGGAGAUUGCGGACGAGUUCCGGUCCCAGGAGAUCGACGGGCAGGCCCUGCUGCUGCUGAAGGAGGACCACCUGAUGAGCACCAUGAACAUCAAGCUGGGCCCCGCCCUCAAGAUCUACGCCCGCAUCAACAUGCUCAAGGACUCCUAGCCGGCGACCCCAAUCAGCCCGGGCGUCUUGUCUUGUGUGUCUUAGUGUGCUGGUGGGCGAGCGAGGCAGGGAUGAGUGGGAGGGGAAAGAGAGAGAGGACCUGACGUGGGGGUUGGCCCUCGGUCCGGACCUGGCCUGUCUGUGAGGUCGUGUCACCGAGGUCGGGGUUCGUUCUGAGGAAGAGGAGGUGGGAGGUCUGAGGGAAGAGCAGGGUGUUUUCAACAACGUCGCCGCACCGUUUGUGUUGGAUUGGUCGGAGGAAGGAACGGUGUGGUUCUCCGGAAACCCGGCGUUCUUUCGGUCGUGCGGUGAAAUCGGCAAGGGGAGCGGGAACGUCGAAGGAGAAGUUUGUGUUUUGAACUUAACGGAAAAAAUAAUGGAUUUUUUUUUUUUAAAUGCAAUAAUUGUACGAGGGGACGAGCAGACGGGCGUGACCCCCCCCCGUCAGGGCGGCGGGGUGACGACCGGUUCA